AAAGGUUAUGUUACAUUCAUUUCAUAUGUUGUCAUUUUUGUUAUCAUUUUUCUACGUACUGCUUUUAUCAGUGAAUAAUAUUUUUUGUAGCUUUUAAACGUAAUUCUAACUUCAAAAAUUAUAUAAUUACUAGUAGAAUAAUGAAAAUGCCUCCACCCCCGCCCGAAAAUCAAAAUUCUAGUCUUCUUUCGACCGACGAAAAUUUGCAAGUAUUCAAUCUUCUCGGAAAUAAGUGCGUAACUUUGGCUACUACAGUGGUACAACUCUAUACGACUAUUCCACCCGUUCAUUCACAAUGGUCAAAAAAAGGAACGGGAGUCCUGUGUUUCGUGAGGGACGUAAACAGAAAGAAUUAUUUCUUUCGGCUAUACAACUUGAAAAGGGACAGUAUGAUCUGGGAACAUGAAAUGUAUAACAACAUGGAAUAUAUUGAAUCCAGACCAUUUUUUCAUAUGUUUGAAGGUGAAGAAAAUAUUGUUGCAUUCAAUUUUGCCAAUUACGAUGAAGCUAGAAAUUUUAAAAAUGUAGUUGUUAAAAAAAUUUCUAUAAGGAAACACAAGGAAGAUAAACGUGCUCGAAGAAUUAGUCAGUCGCAAUCUGUGAGAUUACCUCUACAACAAAAUUUAGAUUUUGAAUCGAAACAAGAGCUGAGAAAAGAAAAAAGGCGAAGAAAUAUUACCAAGGCAGAUAUAGGAAGGCCUAUGGAUUUCAUACAUAUCUCUCAUGUGGGAUGGGAUCCAGCUUCAGGAUUUGAUGUAAAAGGUGACGAUGAUAAUCUUAGGGAUAUCUUCACCAAGGCUGGCGUUUCUGAGAAACAAUUGCAAAACAAGAAAACUCGAGCGUUUAUCUACAAUUUCAUUCAAGAUCACGAGGGCAGCGAUAAAGGUUUAGAGAGAAAUCCUCCAGCUGUACCUCCAAGAGGUCCCUCCAGGCCGCCUUCUGCCAGACCAGCUCCGCCACCUCCACCGCAUCAACGAUUACCUUCAAACAGCGAAAACAUACCAAAGAAGGCUCGUCCACCAUCACCGCCUAGAAACGCUGGUCCCGUUCCACCCCCGCCUCCUCCGCCCAUGAAUAUACCAGCGCCGCCUCCGAUGAUGGAUAUAGACAAUGCUGUGCCGCCGCCGCCACCGCCGGCACUAGUUGGCGAGUCUGAGUUGUUCCAGGACAUAAGGAAUGGAACUACUUUGAAGCCUGUCGAAGAACGAAUAAUUACUCCAGUGGAAGAUGCACGGGGCGACUUGCUAAGCGAAAUCAGGAAAGGUAUACAGCUGAAGAGAGUAGAGGACCGUGAAAUUAGACCACAAAUGAAUUCAUCGCCUCAAAACUCAGGAAAUGAUUUGGCAAGUGCAUUAGCCAAGGCAUUAGCUGAAAGAAGCAAAUUGAUUCAUUCAGACGACGAAGAUGAUGAAACUAGUAGUUCGUCUAAUGAUGACGAAUGGGAUUAAAACUGGAAAAAAUGUAUACAUUAUCAUUAGUAAGAUGUAUAAAAUGCUUCAGUAAGGUAGGUCAUCAAAUAUCAAAUAAACCAUCAUGGUAUGCUUGUAAUUACAUAAUAAUGUAAUUAAAAAGUCUUAAAAUGCUAAUAACUCUUGAUUCAAAUCUAAUAAUGAAUAUUACAAUAUUGUAAAUUUAGAAAGAAAAAUAAUUAGUUAUUUAAAAAAUAUGUUUAGGAACUUUAAGCAAUGAGCGACAAAAUAAAUAAUAUACCUAAACUCGCUUGUAAAAUAAAUAAUUUUUAGUUAGUACUUAAAAUUGACACUAAUAACUACAAAAAAUGCAAUAAAACUGUGCCAAGUAUUGAUUUUCGAUAGUAGUAUGAUUUAAUCUGUUAGUUUUCUCAACAGAGCUUAAAAAUUUCAGAUUUUCUCAGGCAAUAAUAAGAAUAACACUUUUUACUUUAUCUUAUAUUUGUUUUUGAUUUUUAAUUAGGCGUACAAUAAAAGUUAUUAGCCAAGUCCUUUUAUCACUUUAUUUAAGGAUGUAGAAAUUAUGUUUUAAGAAAUUUUACAUAAAUAUCGCACAUUUUAUAUCCGUUUAGCAAUUUUUUAUUUCACAAUAUUAAUGUAUUAAUUACUAUUUUUUACUCACUAUCUAAUAGGAUUGUUAUCCCUCCUUAAAACAACAAAUUAAUGUUAAGAAGUUAAUUUUAUAAAGACAAAAAAAUGUUAAUUUUACUUUAGAAUACAUAAUUUGUUAUUUGUUAUUCAUUAGUUGGUCUAUAUUUAUUACAUGUAUACUUCGUUCAACUUAGCUUAUGCUAUAUAUUUUUUAAUAUAUAAAUAU